UAUCCAAUUGGCUGUAAACAGGAAUUGUUCGAUUGUUUCUUCUCUUCCCUUUCUCCGCGUAAUUCAGCCACUGAACUCGGUGGCGGCUCACUGAGUCUUCCUCGUCGGAAACGAGUCCACAGCCAUGGGAGAACCAGAAUAUGAACAACAGCAUCAAAAUGAGCAGAAAGAGUUCGCUGACGGUGGAAAGAGAAAGCUGGACGCUUUCGAACUCGCCAAACAGAGAGCUCAAGAAAUUGCGUCUCGAAUUGCUAGUGACGCUGAUCCGAAACGCCCUCGAAUCGUCACUGAAAACUCGUCAGAGCCUUCAUUUUCCUCAAGUUCUGUGUCUGCCCCUCCCUCUUUCCCUGUUCCCUUUGCUGCCCAACCAAGUCUGUAUUCACAAGGCACAAGUAAGAAGAUUACAAUUCCUAAUGGCAAGGUUGGUGUGGUUAUAGGGAAAGGAGGAGAAACGAUAAAACAUAUUCAACUUCAGUCAGGGGCUAAAAUUCAGAUUACCAAGGACCAAGAUGCUAAUCCCCAUUCUCUAACAAGGGAUGUGGAGCUGAUGGGUACUUCAGAACAAAUUAGCAGGGCUGAAGAACUGAUCAAUGAUGUGAUUACAGAGACAGAUGUAGGGGGCUCUGGCUCAUCUGCAGUUCAUGGAUUAAAUACAAAGCAAUCUGGAGCUGAACAGUUUGCAAUGAAAGUCCCUAAUGACAAGGUUGGAUUGCUCAUUGGCAAGGGUGGUGAAACCAUAAAGUACAUGCAAGGCAGAUCAGGGGCCCGUAUGCAGAUUAUUCCCCUCCACCUUCCUCCUGGUGACACAUCAGCAGAGAGAACAGUAUAUAUAAAUGGUUCAACAGAACAGAUUGAGACAGCCAAAGAAUUAGUUAAUGAUGUAAUCAGUGGGAAACGUAUUAUAAGCCCAUCUGAAUCCAAUAGCUAUGCACAGCCAGUUUAUCCUGCUGCUAGUAACUGGGUCCAGCCAGGACAACCUACUGUGCAACAACAGCCCCAAUAUGGGUAUGCUCAACCAGGAACCCAACCUACACCCUCUUCUUACUAUGGCAACUACACCCAGCAACCAUCUUGGGAUCAGUUGAACCCAGCAACCAUGUCUCAAACACCUCAGCAAACGACUGGAUAUGGUUACUAUGGACAACCUCAAAUGGGAUCAGAUCCUCUUAAUCCUAGCUAUAGCUACAAUCAGACACCUCCUGUUGCCAGCAAAACUUAUGAUCAUAGCUACAGUCAGCAGACAAUAAGCUAUGGACAAAACAUUCCUACUCCAACACAAGAACAACAGACGACAUAUGGAAAUUCAAGUUAUGGGUAUGCUACUGUAUCAUCUCAACCAGAUGGGGCAGUUUCCUCCCAAUCAACUCGAGUGGCACCAUCUGCAUAUCCACCUACUGCUUAUAGUCAAUCAGUGGCCAAUCCUCAAACAUACUGGAAUUCUUCAAGCUACACUGGACAGCAACCACAAACGGUGUAUGAUCAAACAGGGUACUCCCAAACUUAUGGAGGGCAAACUGCUUAUGGAGGGAUGCAACCAGGCCAAGUCCCUCCCCCAUCAACUUGGCCAAUUUAUGGACAAGGCGGAUAUCCUCUUCCGGAAUCUGCUGCAGCAGCAAAUUAUGUUCAGGAGACACAACCCCAGUCACAGCCAUCAAACAAUGGUCAUUCACAGUCAUUGGCUUAUGGAGCUGAAACUCAUGAUGGGAAUUCAAAUCCUGCUGUGCAGGAAGCAGUUCCUUCUCAAAGCUGAAUUUCAAGCUGUUUGAAGGGGUUGCUGGGCAGCUGUGCUUCCUGUGUUGUUAUCCGGUCCUCUGUCUCCUGGUAAUUCUAUUUCCAAUGUUCAUAGCUGUUUAACCAUGAAGUUUCAAAGCCUUGGGUUGGAGGAUAUUGCUAUGGCUCGUAUGGUUCUGUCGUGAUUGUGGAAGUGCAGAAACAUGUUUGGAAUGGAUUUGAUUCGUCAGUCCCUCAGCUUGUUAAUAUGGUAUCUUCUUUGCUUCAUAGCUGGCGGUCUGCCCAUGUUGAUGUUCAUGUCCAGUGUAGUAUGUUUGGUAAUGUAGGGGCUGUUCAUGGAAUGCUUUAUGGACAAAACCACCUGUUGGGUUAUCUCAAGUGCAACACGGAUGCUGCUUUGUUCAGUGGUGCCUAGAAGCUUGGAGCUGGUUGGAUUCUUAGGGACAAGAAUGGGGCAGUUGUUGCAGCUUGCCAAGUUCUGCUUUCUGGACCAAUGUUAGUAGAUCAGCGAACGCUACCCAUUUAUUGACAGUGACAGCGCAUUCUGUGUCUAGUCUUGAAGCAUGGGGUGCUGCCCUUCCUGAUUUGAUUGUAGCUGCUGCUUUAGUUGAUCUUUCGAAUGAAAUUCUUUUCUCCGUCAAAGAAAAAUCUCGUUGUUGACUGGUUGAUAUCGGACUCGAUGCAUGAGUGAUUUUCUCCAUAUAUUGAACCUUUUUCCAAAGAUAUGACAAUUUCUUUGUCUUCUUAUGAA